UCUGCAGCCAUUUGUGGGAGCCCAUGGGAUAUCUGCUGUAAACUGUCCCAUGUUCUGUCUCUGUUGUCUGGAUCAGACGUUUUCCCACGAUGACCACCUGAAUCCUCCUCUCUACCGUCCUCCAACUGUAUAGUUCCCUGUACUGUACGCUUCCUGACAAAAUGGACCCAGUCAUUCAACCACCCGGCCCUGAGAGCCAGGCCCUGUCCAGUGGGAGGACAGCAGUGCAGGAGGGAAACUCAGGAACCCAAGACCUUGUUGGACGUACAAGCUUACCUGUACAAACCACUCAUCUGUCAUCCAACAGUGACAAUGUCCACACUGUCUGCCCUCCAGUGCCUAAGGCAGACAGUACUUUUGCUGCCUGUCCGCCAUACAGAGCUCACAGUGACAGUGAUGGGAGGUUAACCAGGGAGGAGCUGCUAAGCCAGACUGACCUGGCAGGAGGGACACCCUCGACUGUGUGUCAACCACAGAUCUCCUCGGUCCAACCAGACGUGACAGCAUCCACCCAAUCAGAAGAGCCCCCACCCUACAGCCCACCUGACCCCAAGAUGGCCUAUAUUAUCUAUCCUCCACAACCACCUCACUACCCAGGGCCCCCUGUCAUAGCCUGCCAGCCAGGACCCAACCAGCCAGCCUUCUACCAGGCCCAGUUCAUGCCUUCACCCAGCAACCCUCCCUACACCAUAUACAUGAGCGGCCCUCCACUGGGGGACGAGCGGCCUCCCCUGCCCAAGGACUACAUGGUGGAGUCCCUGCUGGUCACCAUCUUCUGCUGCCUUAUGAGUGGCCUCAUCGCCCUUUUGUACUCAUAUGAGACCCGUGCUGCUCUGGCCAGAGGGGACAUGAGGGAGGCAGAGAGGGCUUCCCAGAAGGCCCGUUUGCUGGUGCUGUUCAGCCUGAUGUUUGGGGUGUUUGUUUGUCUGGGCUGGAUCAUAUAUGUAGUGAUAUCUCUCUGUGCAUAGCGAUUUGCACCUGACACACGUCUACUCAUUUACAUUUUAGUAAUUUAGCAUACGCUCUUAUCCAGAGUGACUUACAGUUAUUGCAUUAAUCUUAAGAUAGCUAGUUGGGACAACCACAUACA